AUGCAUUUAGAGGUACAUUUGGAAAAUGGACAAAGAGUUUACUUCAAUGAAGAAAAUGUACAAGACCAAAUACAAAACCCAAGGAAUUCUACACUAAUGGCUUUUUUUGAACUUUGUACAUUAGACACAUUUGCAAAAACAUUAUUAUAUUGUGAAAUUCCAAGAUACUACAGGUGGGAAACUACCGGUAAGAAAUUCAAACGAAGGAUAAGAGGAGAACCAGUGAAUGGACAUCCAGGAAUUGUAAGUAGUGAUGCAUUGGGCAGGGUGUACACAGUUCACCCUAAUAAUGCCGAAUGUUAUUGUGUUAGGUUACUUCUGCAUAACAUCCGAGGACCGACAUUUUUUACCGAUUUAAAGACAGUUGAUGGAGUAAUCUGCGCAACAUUUAGAGAAGCCUGUUUUAAAUUGGGACUUUUAGAGGAUGAUAAAAGCUGGGACGACGCAUUGACCGAAGCUGGGAUUUUCAAUAUGCCAUCAAAGAUUAGAUAUUUAUUUACAUUGAUGUUGGCAUAUUGUAAUAUAUCAAAUCCUCUACAACUGUGGGAGAAGCAUAAAGAAAUAAUGUGUGAAGAUAUAUUAAAGAGGGAUGCAAAAUCAGGUUUUGACGAGGACAUUUUUAAUGAAGGAUUACUAAUUAUUAAUAGAUCACUCGAAUCAGUCAUUGGGAAAAAUAUAUGUGAGUACGGGUUUAGCGUUAACAGUCAAAAUAUUACAAAUAAUUUGGAAUAUGACAAAUAUAAUUUAGAAGAACUACAAAAAAUACUUAAUGAAAGGGAACCGAAUUUAUUGGAAGGUCAAUUAAGAAUCUACAAUGAAAUAAACAGAAAGAUUGAAGAAAAUGAUGGUAAAAUAUUCUUCAUAGAUGCACCGGGAGGUACAGGUAAAACAUAUCUAUUAAAUUUAUUAUUGGCAAAGGCGAGAUGCAAUAAUAAAAUAGCUAUAGCAGUUGCUUCUACAGGUAUUGCGGCUACGCUUUUAGAUGGUGGACGAACAGCACAUUCAAUGUUCAAACUACCAUUAAAUCUAGCAAAGGAUAUGGAGCCAGUUUGUAAUAUUAAAGGAAAUUCACUUAUUGGGACUAUUAUACGUGAUUGUAAUCUAAUAGUAUGGGAUGAGUGUACAAUGGUAAGUAAAAGAGCAUUUGAAGCAGUUGACAGAACUUUUCGCGACAUCAAACAUUCAGAUUCACCUUUUGGUGGAUCGGUGUUAGUAUUAGCAGGUGAUUUUAGACAGACACUGCCUAUUAUUCAAAGAGGAACACCAGCAGAUGAACUUAAUGCAUGUUUGAAAUCAUCGUAUUUGUGGACCUUGGUAAAAAAAAUAAGUCUAAAUGUAAAUAUUCGUGCACAAAAGUCAGAAACAAAUUCAUUCGCUAAGGUACUUUUAAAUGUAGGGAAUGGAACACUCGAAACAAAUUCAGAAGAUUUUAAGGUAUCACUACCUCCAGAGUUAUGCAUAAAUGUAAACAGACCAGAAGAAUUAUUAACCUCAGUUUAUCCAAAUCUAGAGGAAAAUUACACAUGCUUUGACUGGCUUAGGGAAAGAGCAAUACUAGCACCACUAAAUGACGAAGUACAUAAUAUUAAUUUAGAUUUGCUCAUUAAAUUACCAGGAAUGGAACGUAUUUAUAAAUCUGUAGAUGUAAUUAUGGAUCAAGAAACAGCAUGUGAAUAUCCUGUGGAAUUUCUAAAUUCUUUAGAACCGUCAGGGAUGCCUCAUCAUACUUUAAAAUUAAAGGUAGGAGCGCCAGUUGUUCUAUUACGAAAUCUAGAAUCUCCAAGGUUAUGUAAUGGUACAAGAUUAGUAAUAACAAAUUUAAUGUCUAAUAUUAUAGAAGCAACGAUAUUAACGGGGAAAAAUAAAGGAGAAGAUGUUUAUAUUCCAAAAAUUCCAAUAAUUUCGGAUGAAUUACCAUUUAGAUUUAAGAGACUACAAUUUCCAUUGAAGUUGAGUUUCGCAAUGACAAUCAACAAAUCACAGGGACAAACCCUUAAAGUAGUAGGUUUAUUUUUAGCAAGUGAAUGUUUUUCACAUGGACAAUUGUAUGUAGGUUGUUCUAGGGUAGGUGAACGAGAAAACCUAUUCAUAUACACCAAAGAUUGUCGUACAAGCAAUAUAGUGUAUCAACAAGCAUUACAAUAA